AUGUCGGCAGCAUCAAGUCCGUUCCCGAGCACAGUCAUCACAGGAGGCACCAUCGGCUCAAUAAUCAUCGGAUGCAAGCUGCAAGUCCUCCACGGCAACCCACCCGAAUACCGGAAAGCUGAGAUCCUCUCUAUCCGACCCACCCCAACCCCCGAGGACGCUACCAGGUCCGAAUACUAUGUCCACUACUCAGAUUACAACAAACGUCUGGAUGAGUGGGUCGUCCCUGAACGGUUGAACCUUUUGGGCGAGAUCGAAUUCCCGAAAGUCAAGAAGCCCAAGACUGUCCUUGCGGGUAUCGGCAAGGAGACCGGGAAGGGGUCGGAACCGGGAACUCCUGGCGCCUCGAAUGGUGGGAGGGUGGCCAAGAAUAACAGGAAGAGUAAUCUGAGCAAAGCGUCUAAGGCAGGGAAGGCGGGCGAUACUGCGUCGCCGGCUCCAGGAACCCCAGGAACUCCCGGUGGUGCUUCUACUGUAGCGGGCAAUAAGCGCAAAGCGUCGGCGAUGGAUGAGGCAGGUGGAGCGAGUCAGGAUAAGGACGGUCAGGUGCCGUCGAUCAAAGUGAACGGAGAGGACGAGGAUGAGGAUGAAGACGGUCAAGGAGGCGACGACACACCUGGACUGGACGACGACGGCGCAAGCGAAUACUCCAAGGAACGGGAGAUCGAAAAGCUUCGGACGUCAGGAUCGAUGACUCAGGAUCCACACGAAGUUGCGCGUGUCAAGAACCUGAACAUGAUCCAGUUCGGCAAGCACGAAGUCGAGACCUGGUACUUUUCGCCCUACCCCGUCGAGUACGCCCACCUGCCCAUCCUCUACAUCUGCGAGUUCUGUCUAUCGUAUUUCCCGGCAGUCAAGCAGCUCUCCCGCCAUCGGACGAAAUGUUCGCUUCAACACCCUCCCGGGAACGAGAUCUACCGUAAGGACAAUAUCUCGUUUUUUGAGAUCGACGGACGGAAACAGAAGGUUUAUUGCAGGAACCUGUGUCUGUUGUCGAAGCUGUUUCUGGACCACAAGGCACUGUACUACGAUGUCGACCCGUUCUUGUUCUAUGUGAUGACGGUCCGGGACGAGGAUGGCGCACAUCUGAUUGGAUAUUUCUCAAAGGAGAAGGAGUCGUCAGAGCAGUACAAUGUCGCGUGUAUUCUGACUCUCCCGCAGUACCAACGGAUGGGAUACGGUCGACUGCUGAUUGCGUUCUCGUACGAGUUGUCCAAGGUUGAGAAGAGAUUGGGAUCGCCCGAGAAGCCGUUGUCAGAUCUGGGCCUGUUGUCGUAUCGAGCGUUCUGGUCGGAGGCGAUCGUGAUUCUGUUGUUGGAGCAGCACAAGACGGGCGUUGAGUUGUCGAUUGAUGAUAUUGCCAGCAGGACGGCGUUCCAACCGACGGAUGUGCUGCAUACGCUGCAGACGCUGAAUGCGUUGAAGUACUAUCAUGGACAGUAUGUGAUUGUGUUGAGCGAGACAGUAAUCAAGAACGCGGAGCGGGCCUUGAAGAAGUCGAGGCGGGAGAUUGACCCCCGUGCGCUUGUCUGGAAGCCUAUCCACUUUACGGCCACCCAAUUACGCUUCCUCUAG